CCAGACAGAUACCGGUGUCACAACAACGAUAUGAAAUUAUGAAUGGAUGUUGAAUUUGAACACUCGACUCAAAGAACCGGAGAACUAAUUUAAAGGAUACAUAUUUUGACUUUUACGAUAUAAAACGAUACACAUAACACGACAUUUUGUUAAAGAAUAAAUGCAAUAGUUGUUCAAGAAACAAUGAAGAGUUUCCAUUACUGUAUCGUGUUUAUAAUUUUAACUAAAUAUUUCAUAUCUUAUUCAGAUGGAUUGGCUGUGAUGUCAAUAGAUCUUGGUAGUGAAUUUAUGAAAAUUGCUAUUGUUAAGCCUGGAGUUCCUAUGGAAAUAGCUCUCAAUAUAGAAUCAAGAAGAAAAACACCUUUAGUUGUCUCUUUAAAAGAUGAUGAGAGGCUAUUUAGCGAUCCUGCCAUGGGUGUGGCCGUGAAGAAUCCAAAGUCUGCGUACCUUUACCUUCUUGAUGUUAUCGGGAAGAAAAUCGGCAAUCCUCUUGUUGAAAUGUAUAGAAAAAGAUUUCCUUAUUAUGAGAUCGUAAAAGAUGACAGAGAAUCAAUUCUAUUUCAACACGACAGCGAAACAGCGUUUUCUGUUGAAGAGCUGCUUGGUAUGAUAUUAAACAACUCUCGCACUAUUGCCGAGAAAUUCGCAGAUCAACCAAUCAAAGACGUUGUUAUAACUGUGCCACCAUUCUUCACUCAAGCAGAAAGACGGGCAAUACAAAGAUCAGCUUCAAUGGUUGGCUUAAAUGUUCUUCAGUUGAUGAAUGACAAUACGGCAGCUGCACUGAACUUUGGUGUUUUCCGAUACAAUUCCUUUAAUGCAACAGAAAGGAUCUAUAUGUUUUACGACAUGGGAGGAACGAGUACAACUGCGACUAUUGUUGGUUAUAGCACUACCAAAGUAAAGGAUAGAGGAAUAGCCGAAACUGCUCCGCAACUUGUCGUGAAAGGUGUUGGAUUUGAUCGUACAUUGGGAGGUCGAGAGUUUGAUUUUCGUAUCCGAGAUCUCUUAGUUGAGCUGUUUAUGGAGCAACACAAAGGCCUGGACCCUACCACUUCACCUCGCUCUAUGAAUAAAUUUCUUAAAGAAGCAAAGCGUGUGAAGCAAGUUCUGAGUGCUAAUACAGAGACUUUCUCACAGAUAGAAGGCGUUUUUAAAGAUCAAGAUUUCCGAGCCAAAGUAACGAGAUCCAAAUUCGAAGAAAUGAGUGCUGAUCUCUUUGACAGAGUUGCUGGUCCAGUUAAUCAAGCAUUGAAGUCAUCUUCUGUUACACUUGACGAGAUAGAGAGUGUGCUUGUUCUUGGUGGCGGAUUUAGAAUCCCUAAAGUUCAAGAAAUUCUUCUUAGUACUGUGAAGAAGCCAGAGCUCAGUAAGAACAUUAAUGCUGACGAGGCAGCAGCGAUGGGUGCUGUUUAUCAAGCUGCCAGAAUGAGUAAAGGAUUCCGAGUGAAGAAUUUUGUCGUGAAAGAUGCAAGUGCUUAUCCAAUUGAGGUUACGUUUGAAAGGCCGUUGAAAAACGAAAAGGGUGAACAGACCGGCGAGUUUAAGACAGUAAAAAGAACUUUAUUUCACCGUAACAACGUCGUUCCUCAGAAAAAAGUGAUGACUUUCAACAAAAACACGGAAGAUUUUAAGUUUGCCGUCAGCUAUGGCGAUAUAAGCUUUUUGCCCGAACAUCAACAAAGCAUGCUCGGUAGCUCUCAUCUCAUGAACGUACAAGUGAAAGGUGUUGUUGAAUCGUUCAAAAAACACGAAUCCGAUGAAGUCGACUCCAAAGGAAUAAAAGCUUACUUCAUGUUAGACGAGACCGGAAUUCUUUCUUUGGAGAAGAUAGAAUCAGUCUUUGAAAAAGCUCCUGAGCCAGAAAAAGAAGAGCCAUCAACCUUUGCAAAACUGGGUAGUAAAAUAUCGAGCUUUUUUACCGGGUCGUCCUCGGAAACGGAAGAAACAUCGGAGGGAACGAAAGAACAAGGAAAAAAGGUUGAAGAAGAAAAGGAAGAGCAGCUGAAAAAUAAUGAUCAUGAGAGCGAAAAGAGCGAAAAUGGAGACGAAAUGAAGAAAACAGAUGGAGAGGCAAACAAAAAAGCGGACGAAAAGGAUACUGACAAUGCAAGCAAUGAUACGAAAGAUCAGAAAGCGAAAAAUGAUGAAACAGAAAAAGCAAAAAGUCGUGAAAAGGAAAACGAGAAACCUAAAAAUGAAAAGAAAGAAGAGAAAAAACCUGAAGAGAAAAAAUUAAAUGAAGAAAAGGUUAAAAAUGCCAGCGAGAAGGUUAACAGCACAAGUGAAAACCCAACUCCGCCAAAACCAUUAAAACCAGUCAUUGUACGAGAAGCUCUUGAAGUUCUACCUGAAAUUGUCGAUUUUCAAGAAAUGUCAUCCGAACGAUUCGAGUUCGCUGUAACGAGGUUGAAGAAUUUAAGAGCUCGUGAUGAUGCUAAAAUAGCAAUUGCCCAGGCAAAAAACUCCGUCGAGAGUUUCCUAUUUGAAACUCGUGAUAAACUUACAGAUGAAGAAGGCGAAAUGUUUAUGACUGAAGAAGAACGAGAAAAACUGGAGACGACAUUGAGUGAGGUUUCUGAAUGGCUAGACGAUGAAGGCUGGGAUACCACCGAAGAAGUGUAUAACUUGAAGUUGAACGUUUUGAAAGAUGCAUCAAAAGAUUUCUACUUAAGAAUAUCUGAAAAUAAAAAUCGUCCCGAGGCUUUGGAGAAUCUUCGACGUAGCAUGAACUUAACGGCAACAUUCCUCAGUCAAAUUGCUGGUAUGAAAGAGAGAGAAGACAUGUUCACCAACAAGGAUUUAGAAGAUGUUUCGAAAGUUCUAAAUGAGACAAUUGAAUGGCUGUAUGUAACAGAAAAGAAACAAAACGAGAGCAAAUCAUCCGACAAUCCUGUUCUUUUGGUGAAAGACAUUACACUAAAGACUGGCAAGUUAGAUCGCGAACUGAUGUAUUUGCUGAAUAAAGCCAAAUAUUACGUUCCCAAGGCUAAACCUUCAGAUAACAGUACAAGUACAAACAGCACUGAACCGAAAAUCCCAAAAAUCUGAUGACAAAAUCAAAGAGUCCGACAAGACCGAUGAAUCUAAGGAAGGAAAAAGCAAUCGACAAGAACCUGGUGAUAAUGUAGAGAAAAGUGAAUCAGCCAACGGUAACAAAGAUGAUUCCAGUGAUGAAAUGAAGGGAGAGAAAAUUAUACAAGCAAAUGAUGAAGCGGAUAGCGAUAGUAAGAGGGAAAAAGAGGACACAAUUGCAUUUAAAAAGGAUGACAAAGACAACAUGAAAGAAAAACUGGCCGAUACCCCAACAGACGACACGACGGAAUCAAGUAAAUCUGGGUCAAGUGAAGAUCAUAAAGAAUUAUAAAUUAUUGGAUAUGAUGAAGAGAGAGUUUGAGUGAAAGUUAAAACCAUCUAUUUCUAAUGCCCUGUUCGUUUGCUACGUACUUGUAUGUAUUUAUUGUAUGAAAGCAAAUGCUCGAAACUUUUCCUCAUAUUUUUUCCUGCAGUCGAUCAUCUUGAAACAUUUGCAUUUUGAAAGUAUUAGUUUCUGAGCUGUUUCCUCAUUUUGUUGGUGUAUACUACUUGCCAAAUGCUGUGUUAUUUUUUCAGCUAUCUAGUAUAAAAGCAAGGUUCUUUGAA